UUCCUUGUUACGAGUCGAACGGUUUGGUGUGGCUCACUUCAUCACAGCAGGAAGACAACGAAGGAAUGGCCUCUGCUACUUCCGGGCCUGAGGAGGUCUCCUCCUGUUCCAUCUGUCUGGAUGUGUUCAACAGCCCAGUCACCACACCAUGUGGGCACAACUUCUGCAGAACCUGUAUUACAACGUUCUGGGAUGACCAAGUCCAAUACAAAUGUCCUGUUUGUAACGAGCUGUUCCACACAAGACCUGAUUUACGGGUCAAUACCCUCUUUUCAGAGAUGGUUGAUCGGUUAGGAAGGACUGUUCGAGUCAAAGAGCCGCCUUGUGUUGAACCAGGAGAGGUUCCCUGUGACGUCUGUACUGGGACCCAGCAGAAGGCCGUGAAGUCCUGCCUAGGGUGUUAUACCUCUUUCUGCCAAGCCCAUCUGGAUCCAUAUCAGAGAGUCGCUGGCCUGCAGAAACAUCAGCUGAUCGACCCUUUAGACAGACUGGAAGACAGGGUGUGUAAGAAACACAACAGACUUCUGGAGUUCUUCUGUCAGACUGACCAGGUGUGUGUGUGUUUGUUGUGCACAACCACGGACCACAAGUCCCAUCCUGUUGUACCUAUGAAGGAGGAAUAUGAAGUGAAGACGGCCCAGCUGGGGAAGAUAGAGGCUAAAGUUCAGCAGAUGAUCCAUGCGAGAAAACAAAAGAGUCAGGAAGUCAAUGACACAGCGAAUCACAGCAAAGCAGAAGCAGACAGAGAGAUGGCCGAUGGUCGGCAGGUCCUCACUGCUCUGAAGCGCUCUGUUGAAAAGUGUCUGGAUGAUUUCGACCAAACUGUUCAAGAGAAACUGAAAUCCACAGAGAAUGAAGCUGAUGGUCUCAUCAAAGAGCUGGGGAAGGAAAUAGAAGAUCUGACCAAUAUAAGCUCAGAGGUGAAGCAGCUCUCACACACUGAAGACCACCUCCACUUCCUCCAGACCUUCAGAUCCCUGAAGGAUCCUCCACCCACCAGGGACUGGACAAAGGUGGAGUUCCGUCCUCCGUCAUGCGUAGGGACACUGAACAAGGAGAUGAAGAAGCUGGUUGUCCAAGAGCCAACACUAAAGAAGUGUCUCCAGUCUACUAUGGAUGAGGAGAGAGAGGAGGGGGGUCCUACCUCUAAGAUCGCUCUGUCUGGGGAACAUGGCCGCCGGAGCAAAGCUAAGAGCCCAGAGCAGCAGGAGAGAGCAGACUCCCCUGGAUCCAGCUGUGACUCCUUUGAGAGUGACCAGUCUAUGGAAAGCCCUUUAAGUGUUAAGGAUGUAAAUCUGUCUAUUGGGAAGAGAAGGGUCCAGCAGCAGAGAGCAGACUCCCCUGGACCCAGCUGUGACUCCUGUGAGAGUGACGAGUCUAUGGAAAAACCUGCAGAGUUUAAGGAUGGACGCCCCUCCAGAGAGGACAGACCCCGGGAGGGGUCAAAGGUUACCAGUGCUCAGUCUGUACAGCAGCAUCAAACAGAGCUGAUCAAGAGGGCUGAGGAGAAUAGAGACCCUUUCCUAGACAAGGAGCUGAAGGAGCUCUGGACGGAUCUCUUCCUACAUUACCCACAAUGCUCAGAGAGUGAGAGGGAGGAGGAGGGGGUGGAUGGUCUCCAGUCUACUAUGGAUGAGGAGAGAGAGGAGGGGGGUCCUACCUCUAAGUCCACUCUGUCUGGGCAACAUGGCCGCCGGAGCAAAGCUAAGAGCCCAGAGCAGCAGGAGAGAGCAGACUCCCCUGGAUCCAGCUGGGACUCCUUUGAGAGUGACCAAUCUAUGAAUAAACCUAUUCAUUUUGAAGAUGGAAAUCAGUCUAUUGGGAAGAGGGUCCAAGAGGAGAGAGCAGACUCCCCUGGAUACAGCUGUGACUCCUUUGAGAGUGACCAGUCUAUGGAUGAACCUGUUUGUUUUGAAGAUGGAAAUCAGUCUAUUGGGAACAGACACCAGGAGAGGUCAAAGGUUACCAGUGCUCAGUCUGUACAGCAGCAUCAAACAGGGCUGAUCAAGAGGGCUGAGGAGAAAAGACACCCUUUCCUAGACAAGAUGCUGAAGAAGUUCUGGAUGGGUCCCUUCCUACAUUACCCACAAUGCUCAGAGAUUAACAGGGAGGAGGAGGAGGUGAAUGGAUCUGACGCUGUCGAGUGCCAACAUAAAAUAAAGUCUAAUUUGAAGAAGAAGUUCAGGGUUGUGUUUGAGGGAAUCGCUAUAGCAGGACAGCGAACAGAUCUGAAUGACUUCCUCACAGAGAUCUUCCUCACAGAGAGAGGCAGUGGAGAGGUCAACAAGGAACAUGAGGUCAGACUGAUUGAAACAGCUUCCAGGAAUCCAGCCAUGGAGGAAACACCAAUCAGAUGUGAGGACAUCUUUAAACCUGUACCUGGAAGAGAUCAACCAAUCAGGACAAUGAUGACAACUGGGGUGGCCGGCAUUGGUAAAACCGUCUUAACACAGAAGUUCACCCUGGACUGGGCCAAAGGCAAAGCCAACCAGGACUUACACUUCACAUUUCUCCUCACUUUCAGAGAGCUGAAUUUACUAAAAGGGAAAGAAUUUAGCUUGGUGGAACUUCUUCAUCACUUCUUUAUUGAGACCAAAGAAGCAGGAAUCUGCAGUUACGACCGGUUUCAAGUUGUCUUCAUCUUGGAUGGUCUGGAUGAGUGUCGACUUCCUCUGGACUUCCAGAGAAACCCGAUCUGGACUGAUGUCACAAAGUCCACCUCGGUGGACGUGUUGCUGACAAACCUCAUCAGGGGCGACCUGCUUCCCUCCGCUCGCAUCUGGAUAACCACACGCCCUGCGGCAGCCAAUCAGAUCCCUGCUAAAUGUGUUGACAUGGUGACAGAGGUGAGAGGGUUCACCGACCCACAGAAAGAGGAGUACUUCAGGAAGAGAAUCAGAGAGAAGACACUGGCCAGCACAAUCAUCUCCCACGUCAAAAAAUCACGAAGCCUCCACAUCAUGUGUCACAUCCCAGUCUUCUGUUGGAUCACGGCUACAGUUCUGCAGGACCUCUUCAAAACAUCCAAGAUAGGAGAUGAGAUACCCAAGACCGUGACUCAGAUGUACAGCCACUUCCUGAGGGUCCAGUCCAAACAGGUGAACAGAGAGUAUCCUGGGAGAGCUGAACCAGAUGCCCACUGGAGUUCAGAGAGCAGGGAGAUCAUUGUUUCUCUGGGAAAACUGGCUUUUAACCAGCUGGAGAAAGGCCACCUGAUCUUCUACGAGGCAGACCUGGCAGAGUGUGACAUCGAUAUCAGAGCAGCCUCAGUGUACUCAGGAGUGUUCACCCAGAUCUUUAAAGAGGAGUGUGAUCUGUACCAAGACAAGGUGUUCUGCUUUGUCCAUCUGAGCCUCCAGGAGUUUCUCGCUGCCCUUUAUGUCUUUAAGUCCUUCAUCAACACUGAUGUCAAUCUGCUCUCAGAAGAACCACCCUCAUCCAGGCAAGAUAAACUCCUCCACCUCUACCAGAGUGCUGUGGACAAGGCCUUACAGAGUGAGAACGGACACCUGGACUUGUUCCUCCGCUUCCUCCUGGGCCUCUCUCUGGAGUCUAAUCAGAAUCACCUACGAGGUCUACUGGAAAUACCUAAAAAAGGAUACCUAGAAAAAGAUUUAAUGAAGAACAUUUGGUUGAGAGAAGAUCUGGCGAGGCGGAGAAGUAGACGAAGAUGGACCAAGCAGAAAACAAUGUCUUACAUCAAGGGGAAGAUAGAUGGAGAUCUCUCUCCAGAGAGAACCAUCAAUCUGUUCCACUGUCUGAAUGAGCUGAACGACUGUUCUCUAGUGGACCAGAUCCAACUGUCCCUGACAUCAGGAAGUCUGUUCAAAACACAUGUCUCUCCUGCUCAGUGGUCAGCUCUGGUCCUCAUCUUACUGUCAUCAGAAGAGAAGCUGGAAGUGUUUGACCUGAAGAAAUACAAAGCUUCAGAGGAGGGUCUUCUGAGGCUGCUGCCAUUGGUCAAAGCCUCCAAAACAUCUCUGCUGAAUGGCUGUCAUCUGUCAGAGAGAUGCUGUGAAGCUCUGGCCUCAGUUCUCAGCUCCAACUCCUCUAGACUGAGAGAGCUUGACCUGAGUACCAAUGAUCUGCAGGAUUCAGGAGUGAAGCUGCUCUCUGCUGGUCUGGGGAGUCCACGCUGUACACUGGAAACUCUCAGGAUGACUGGCUGUCAUCUGUCAGAGAGAUGCUGUGAAGCUCUGGCCUCAGUUCUCAGCUCCAACUCCUCUAGACUGAGAGAGCUGGACCUGAGCUUCAACGAUCUGCAGGAUUCAGGAGUGAAGCUGCUCUCUGCUGGACUGGGGAGUCCACACUGUACACUGGAAACUCUCAGUUUGUCUGGCUGCCUGGUCACACAGGAAGGCUGUUUAUCUCUGAUCUCAGCGCUGAGCUCCAACCCCUCCCAUCUGAGAGAGCUGGACCUGAGCUACAAUCACCCAGGAGACUCUGGAGCUGAGCUGCUCUCUGGUUUACUGAAGAAUCCACACUGGAGACUGGGCACUCUCAGUGUGGAGCACGGUGGAGUGUUGAGGCUGAAACCAGCUCCACAGAGAUAUGCCUGUGAACUCACACUGGACCCCAACACGGCCAACGAAUACCUCUCUCUGUCUGAGGACAACAGCAAGGUGACGCUGGUUGGAGAGGACCAGUCGUAUCCGGAUCACCCUGAGAGAUUUGACUACUAUCCCCAGGUGUUGGGUAGAGCGGCUCUGACUGGCCGCUGUUACUGGGAGGUAGAGUGGGAAGGAGAGGUUGUUAUAGGAGUGACAUACAGAGGAAUCCCAAGGAGAGGACGGGGUGGUGACUGCGGGCUUGGAGAGAACAACAAGUCCUGGAUUCUUUAUUGUCGUGAUGAUCGUUACUCUGCCUGGUACGACGGUAUAGAGACAGCCCUCCCUCUCCCCCCCGCUGGCUCCACCAGAGUAGGAGUGUAUCUGGACCGGCCUGCUGGCUCUCUGUCCUUCUACAGAGUGUCCCCAGGUGGAGGAGGGUCCUCAGACACACCUCCACACCUCCACACCUUCCAGGCCUCCUUCACCCAGGAGGACAUCCUCCCUGGGGUUGGGAUAGGGUGGGGGUCCUCAAUGUCUCUUUGUCAGUUGUAGACACACACACACACACACACACACACACACACACACACACACACACACACACACACACACACACACACA